AUGGAUUCCCUGGCUGUCAAACAAGAUGAGCCUUUCAAAGGCCCAAAUUUGAAUGUUACACUCAUGUGCCCAGACUGCAAGACAUACCCACCAAAUCUAAUAGAGAGGUUUAGUGAGGGUGAUAUUGUCUGCGGUGACUGUGGUUUUGUGCUUAGUGAUCGUGUAGUGGAUACGAGAUCCGAGUGGAGAACCUUCAGUAACGAUGACCAGAACGGUGACGACCCUAGCCGUGUGGGAGAUGCUGGAAACCCUCUUUUGGAUACUGAGAAUUUAUCCACGAUGAUUUCAUAUGUCCCAGAGAAUGUGAGAACCGGAAGAGACUUAAACAGAGCCCAGGCCAAGUCUUUGGUGGAUAAGAAGGAUAACGCCUUGUUGGCUGCCUUCACCAAAAUCUCUCAAAUGUGCGAUGCCAUUCAACUACCGAAGAUUGUGGUUGAUGGUGCAAAAGAAGUUUACAAGAUAGUAUACGAGGAGAAGCGUCUUAAGGGUAAGUCCCAGGAGUCGAUCAUGGCUGCAGCUAUUUACUUAGGAUGCAAGAUGGCCAAGCUCUCUCGUUCUUUGAAGGAGAUUUGGGCUCUUACAAACGUUCCCAUUAAAACUACAGGUAAGGUGUUUAAGAUUGUCAUGCAAAUUUUGAGGGAAAAGAGUCAUGCCGACCCAAAUGCUUAUUCAUUCAUCAAGGACAGCGAGCAGGCUAUUCUGUCUUCUUCGGAUGUUUUGAUCAGAAGAUUCUGCUCUCAUCUUGGUUUGAAUAUGGAUGUUACCAAUGCUGCUGAGGCUAUUGCAAGAAAAUGUUCGGACGAGGGUAUCUUAGCGGGUCGACUGCCUAUUACUGUGGCGGCUACCGUGAUUUACUUUGCGUGCUUGCUUUUCGAUGCUCAAAUCACCCCAGCAAAGAUUGGUAGCAAGACGGGUGUGAGCGACGGUACUAUCAAAACAGCCUUCAAGGUAGCAUGCAAGGACAGAGACAAGUUGGUGGAUCCAAAAUGGAUAGAAAGCGGAAAAGCGAAGCUUGAUAACUUCCCGCAAGUCUGA